GGCGACGCGUCCGGUAGCACACAGCCGCUGCGUGCCGCCCCCGUGCUCGCCGCCAAAACAGUGCCAACGCGGUGCAAGCUUUGGGCGUGUCACGAACUCACGAUAGACAGAUUCUCCUUCCCGGGCCAGCAGCAUUGUUUCCUUGCUAGCGCGCGUCCUCUCUCUCGCUAGCUAGCUGGUUCCCACCGCCGCCCGCUGCUGCCGCCGGGCGGUGAUAAAUCCGUGUGUACUCGCGAGGAAGCAGGGCUAGCUCACGGGCUUAUCUACUGCCUCCGUCAUGGAUCGAGGUCGGAGGAGGCAAUGGGGCGUCGUAUGCUCGGCGCUGCUCCUGUCGGCGCUGCUGGCGGUCGCCUCCGCGCAGUCGCCGUCCCCGGCGCGGGCGCCCAAGCCGGCACCGUCUCUUCCCGCGGCUCCGCGGUCGGCUCAAAGGCCGUCGUCUCCAGCCGUGCCGGCGCCCAAGCCCCCUGCUGCGUCGCCGGCGCCGAAGCAGACACCUAGCCCUUCGGCCUCGCCGGUGCCGAAGCCGCCGGCUCCGCGCGCGCCGGCGCAGGCGCCAAAGCCAUCGUCUCCAGCUGCACCCGCGGCGUCACCGGUUCCAAAGCCACCCACUCCACGUGCGCCGGCGCAGGCCCCAAAGCCGCCGUCACCCCCACCCCCGGCGUCGUCGGCACCAAAGCCGUCACCUGUCGCCCCAGCGCCGGCUCAAAAGCCGUCUCCUCCUACGACUCCACCACCACCACCACCACAGAAACCAUCUGCUCCUCCGACUCCACCACCGGCUCCGACACAGCCUCCGACGAACUCAUCCCCGCCGACGCCUUCAUUGGCUCUGUCGCCCAACUUCUACGCCGCCUCCUGCCCGAGCGUGGAGCUGGCGGUGAACGAUGUCGUCAGGUCGGCCUCCACCUUGGACCCUAGCAUCCCCGGCAAGCUUCUCAGGAUGGUCUUCCAUGACUGCUUCGUAGAGGGAUGCGACGCGUCGGUGCUGAUCCAAGGCAGCGGCACGGAGAGGACCGACCCGGCGAACCUCUCGCUCGGCGGGUUCAACGUCAUCGACGAGGCCAAGAGGCUGCUCGAAGCCGUGUGCCCGGCGACCGUUUCUUGCAGCGACAUCAUAGUUCUCGCCGCGAGAGACGCUGUCACAUUUACCGGAGGACCGUCGGUGCCGGUCUCCCUCGGCCGACGUGACAGCCUCGUCUCCCUUGCGUCCAACGUCCGAGCAAACAUCAUCGACACCGGCUUCUCCGUCGACGCCAUGGCGGCGAGCUUCGCCUCGAAGGGGCUCUCCCUGGACGACCUCGUCACCCUCUCAGGCGGGCACACGAUCGGGUCGGCGCACUGCGGCACGUUCCGGGAGCGGUUCCGGCCGGACGCGAACGGGAGCAUGGUGCCGGUGGACGGCACGAUGAACGCCGAGUACGCGACGGAGCUGAUGCGGGCGUGCGCCGCGUCCGGGAGCGCGGCGGUGGGCUGCGACGACGGCUCGGCGGCGGCGUUCGACAACCGCUACUUCAGCAACCUGCUGGACGGGCGCGGGCUGCUGCGCACGGACGCGGUGCUGGUGCAGAACGCCACGACGCGGGCCAGGGUGGCGGCGUUCGCGCAGAGCCAGGACAGCUUCUUCGGCAGCUGGGCCGGCUCGUUCGUCCGGCUGACCAACCUCGGCGUCAAGACCGGCUCCGACGGCGAGGUCCGGCGGCUCUGCUCCAGCGUCAACGGCUGAACCGAUCGGGCAUGGGCAUGUAAUGAUGUAACACAGAAUACAUAGGGGGAUCGAAUGUGUUGAGUAGCGAGCUGAGGAUGAGGUUGAUUCGUUUUGUAGCUGAUGGUGAUCGGGCCUUCUUUGCUUAGGCUGCAUGUAAUAGAUGACGGCAUGCGUUUUAUCUGCGACCAAAAACAUCAGAACAGGCACGACGAAUUAAUACUUGGUUUUUUAAA